AUGGCUGACGCAAUCACCGAGGCCACUGCUAAGCUUCAGCUCGACCCGGAGACCGGGGAAAUGGUCUCCAAGGGCGAGCUGAAGAAGCGGUUGCAGAAGCGCGCCAAAAAAGCCGCCAAAGCCAAUGCUCCCAAGCCUGCUGCGACCCCCAAGCCCCAGGGCCCGGUCGCCGCCAAGCAGGAGGAGGCCCCCAUCGAUCCCGAUGCCAUGUUCAAGCAGGGUUUCUGCGCUGCCGUCUACAACGAGCGUCCCGUCACGCCUUUGACCCGAUUCCCGCCCGAGCCCAACGGAUACCUGCACCUGGGUCACUCGAAGGCGAUCGCCAUCAACUUCGGAUUCGCGAGACACCAUGGCGGAAAGACAAUCCUGCGAUUCGAUGACACCAACCCCGAGGCCGAGGAGGAGAAAUACUUUGUGGCGAUCGAGGAGAUCAUUCAGUGGCUUGGAUUCAAACCUCAUGCGAUCACCCACUCGAGUGACCACUUUGAUAAGCUGUACGAGCUGGCUGAGAAGCUUAUCAAGUUGGGACGGGCCUAUGUCUGUCACUGUAGCGACGCCGAGAUCAAGCUGCAGCGCGGUGGAGAGAAGAACGGACCGAGAUUCCGCUGCAAGGACGCCGAGCAGGAUGUGGAGACAAACUUGCAAAAGUUCCGCGACAUGAGGGAUGGUAAAUACGAACCCCAGACGGCGUUCCUGCGCAUGAAGCAGGAACUCGAUAACCCCAACCCGCAGAUGUACUCGGAUUUGGCCGCCUAUCGUGUCCUGAAGAAGGAGCACCAUCGUACCAAGGACCAGUGGAAGAUCUACCCAACCUACGACUUUGCGCACUGCCUCUGUGAUAGCUUCGAGGGGAUUACCCACAGUCUUUGCACGACCGAAUUUGUGUUGUCGCGUGAGAGUUACGAAUGGCUCAACUCGACGCUUGGUGUCUACGAGCCCAUGCAGCGCGAGUAUAGUCGCAUGGAGGUUAGCGGAACGGUCAUGAGCAAGAGAAAGUUGAAGAAGCUCGUCGAUGAAGGUUACGUGCGGGGCUGGGAUGAUCCUCGUCUAUACACCCUUAUUGCACUGCGUCGUCGUGGUGUCCCUCCGGAGGCCAUCCUUUCUUUCAUCAAUGAACUGGGUGUGACCACCUCCCAGUCUGUCAUCCAGAUCGCUCGCUUUGAGCAGUCGGUGCGGACAUACUUGGAGACCCGGGUUCCCCGUUUGAUGCUGGUCCUUGACCCUGUCCCGGUUGUUGUUGAGGAUUUCGAAUCCCUGGAAGCCUCGGAGCUUGAUCUGGACGUUCCCUUCUCACCUAAGGACCCCGCCAUGGGAUCCCACCAGCUCAAAUUCACCAAGACGGUCUAUAUCGAUCGGUCUGAUUUCCGCGAGGAGGAUAGCAAGGGAUACUUCCGCCUUGCCCCGGGUAAGAGCGUGGGUCUGUGGAGAGUGCCUUAUCCCAUCAAGGCCACCACAUUCACCAAGGACGCCGACGGAAAGGUCACGGAAAUCCGCGCCGUUCUUGACAGAUCUGGAGCGAAGCCCAAGACGUACAUCCACUGGGUUCCGGACAACUCGCGGAAGGUGGAGGUUCGCAUCCACGACCCACUGUUUAAGUCGGAUGACCCGAACUCGGUGGAGGGCGGCUUCCUGAACGAUGUCAACUCGAACAGCGAGACCAUUCACACGGAUGCCUUGAUUGAGGCAGGCUUCGAUGAAGUGCGCCGCCGGGCUCCCUGGCCCGAAGCUGCGGGAGAGAAGGAGGCUGGGAAGAGCGGACCGGAAAGUGUUCGGUUCCAGGCGAUGCGUGUGGCUUACUUCGCGGUGGAUUCGGACUCGACGGAUGACCGGGUUGUGUUGAACCGGAUUGUGUCGCUGAAACAGGAUGUUAGCAAGGGCAACUAG